UAAAUCUAUUUGGUGUCUUUUAAAAGUUUAUAAUACAAGUUUAUAUUAAACCGUCGUAUAAAACGCCGCCAAAAUUGCUUUCUACUCGAAAUACAACGGGAAUAUUCCUGCCAUGGCAAAGUUUUAUUUGCCUUGUGAUCUCGAUUGAUAAGGAAGCAGCAUCCUAGCCAACAUUUAAUUAUUACGUGAAAAAUAUAAAUAUCAAGUGAUAAUCAUGAGUGACCAAGAAAUAACACAAAAGCCUGUACUAUACUCAUACUGGCGGAGUUCAUGCUCAUGGCGUGUGAGAAUUGCUCUCAAUUUGAAAGAGAUUCCAUAUGACAUCAAAGCAGUUAGCCUCAUAAAAGGUGGUGGGGAGCAACACUGCAAUGAAUACAGGGAAGUCAAUCCAAUGGAACAAGUACCAUCAUUAUCUAUUGAUGGCCAUACUAUAAUAGAAUCUUUGAGUAUAAUGCACUAUCUAGAAGAAACUCGUCCACAAAGGCCACUCAUGCCUCAAGAUUGUUACAAAAGGGCAAAAGUUAGAGAAAUAUGUGAGGUUAUUUCAUCAGGUAUACAGCCCCUACAAAAUCUAAUAGUUCUGAUACAUGUCGGAGAAGAGAAGAAGAAGGAAUGGGCGCAGCAUUGGAUCAUGCGGGGAUUCAGAGCUGUGGAGAAACUGUUGUCUUCCUCAGCGGGGAAGUAUUGUGUCGGAGAUGAGAUCACAUUAGCUGAUUGCUGUCUUGUGCCACAAGUAUUUAAUGCAAGAAGAUUCCAUGUAGACUUACGUCCUUUUCCAAUAAUUCUUCGCAUUGAUAGAGAACUAGAGAAUCACCCGGCGUUCCGCGCUGCACACCCGUCUUCGCAGCCCGACUGUCCACCAGAGGUUGCUAAGUGAACAAAGCAACAUGAAACCAACUCGAGCCCAUUGAAAUUACAAACAACAUAUAGACAAAGGAAAUUGAAGUGUUGAGCCAAUUCUAUCUCAGGUAAAAAGAACGAACAUGUCACAAAAUUAAAAAAAAACUUAUUUCCUGUAAGUUUCUAUGAUUUUUUAAUAGGUUUUUCUAUGUAAAAGUGCUUCCCAAAUUUUGUAAUAAGUUUAAAGAAUUUUUGAAUAACUUCCAAAAUAGUUU